CAUUUUUCAUUCUUUUGCACUAAACACAGUCUCUCUGUGUGACACAGUGGCCGCCGCCGCGUAACUCUCUUUCUCCGUUCAUCUCACCGGUUUCACAUCGCCCUCCACCGCCCCUUCUAAAGGAAAAACCAAGGUGCAACCUUCGCUUCUGUUAUUCUCUGUUCACUCUGCACCCACUCCUACUUCAAUAAAGAGCUUUUCAAUACUUGAUCGAGUAUAUGGCAGCUGCUAGUGAAAUUGGGGUAUCUGAAUUCCUUCAGGGUACAUGUAGACAAACAUUGUUUUUGGUAAAGAAGCCACAGAGACAGAGAACUCAUUUGCUUUGGGGUAAUAGGAGUUGGGUUUUGGAUUCAACUCGAAAAUCAUUGUCUUUGAGGUGUCAGGCUCAAGAAAAUCCAAGAGUUGUUGUUUCUGAUGGUGCUACUAGUUCAGUAGAACAACAAUCUGGCUUAGUUGAGAAGCCUUCUGUUGAAGUUUUGCAUUUGUACCGUGUACCGUUUAUUCAAGAAAGCGCCGCUGCCGAACUUUUAAAGGAAGCUCAAGCAAAAAUCUCUAAUCAGAUUGUGGACUUACAAACUGAGCAAUGCUUUAAUGUUGGAAUUGGUUCACAGCUUUCAAGUAGAAAGAUUUCGGUUCUUAAAUGGCUUCUAUCAGAAACAUUUGAGCCUGAGAAUUUGGGAACUGAAAGCUUUCUGGAGAAGAAGUUUAAGGAGGGUUUGGAGAAAGUUAUAGUUGAGGUUGGUCCUAGGUUAUCAUUUACCACAGCUUGGUCUGCUAAUGCUGUUUCAAUUUGCCAAGCUUGUGGUUUGACGGAAGUUAAUCGUUUGGAACGGUCGAGGAGGUAUUUGUUGUACACUACAGGUGAAUUACAAGAGCAUCAAAUUAAUGAAUUUGCGUCCAUGGUGCAUGAUAGGAUGACUGAAUGUGUUUAUAUUCAGAAGCUAACAUCCUUUGAGACUAGUAUUGUUCCGGAGGAGUUUCGUUAUAUACCUGUCAUGGAGAAGGGGCGAAAAGCAUUGGAAGAAAUUAAUCUUGAGAUGGGUUUUGCGUUUGAUGACCAGGAUUUGGAAUACUACACCAAGCUUUUCAGAGACGACAUUAAGCGUAAUCCAACAAACGUGGAAUUGUUCGAUAUUGCUCAGUCCAACAGUGAACACAGCAGGCACUGGUUUUUUACUGGAAAGAUUUUUAUCGAUGGACAGCCUAUGAAUAGGACUCUUAUGCAAAUUGUGAAAAGCACUUUACAGGCAAAUCCAAAUAACUCAGUUAUUGGCUUUAAGGAUAACUCAAGUGCAAUUAGAGGUUUCCAAGUAAAGCCUCUACGACCGGUUCAGCCUGGAUCAUCAUGUCCAUUGGAUUUGACAGAACGUGACAUGGAUAUCUUAUUUACAGCCGAGACACAUAAUUUUCCAUGUGCAGUGGCACCUUAUCCCGGUGCAGAGACGGGUGCCGGAGGUCGCAUUAGAGAUACACACGCAACUGGAAGGGGUUCGUUUGUCCAAGCAGCUACAGCUGGUUAUUGUGUUGGGAAUCUCAACACAGCAGGGUUGUAUGCUCCGUGGGAAGAUCCUUCUUUUACUUAUCCGUCGAAUUUGGCACCGCCUUUGCAGAUUCUUAUAGAUGCGAGUAACGGUGCAUCUGACUAUGGGAACAAAUUCGGAGAGCCAUUGAUCCAAGGCUUUUGUAGAACUUUUGGAAUGAGACUUCCUAGUGGGGAUAGGCGGGAAUGGUUGAAGCCUAUCAUGUUUAGUGCAGGCAUUGGACAGAUUGACCACCUUCAUAUAUCAAAGGGAGAGCCUGACAUCGGAAUGUUGGUUGUUAAAAUUGGAGGCCCGGCUUAUCGUAUUGGAAUGGGAGGCGGGGCAGCCUCAAGCAUGGUUAGUGGACAGAAUGAUGCAGAGCUUGAUUUCAACGCUGUGCAACGUGGGGAUGCCGAGAUGGCGCAAAAGCUUUAUCGUCUUGUUCGCACCUGUAUUGAGAUGGGGGAUAAAAAUCCAAUUAUCAGUAUUCAUGAUCAAGGUGCUGGUGGGAACUGCAAUGUUGUGAAGGAAAUUAUAUAUCCAAAGGGUGCCGAGAUAGAUGUGCGAUCAAUCGUGGUUGGUGAUCAUACAAUGUCUGUUCUUGAGAUUUGGGGCGCAGAGUAUCAGGAGCAAGAUGCAAUCUUGGUGAAGCCUGAAAGUUACGAGCUCUUAAAAUCAAUAUCUAAAAGGGAGAAGGUUUCGAUGGCUGUGAUUGGAACUAUUAGUGGCGAUGGUCGAGUUGUGUUGGUUGAUAGUUUAGCAACUCAGAAGAAUCUCUCUAAUGGACUCCCUCCGCCUCCACCUGCAGUUGAUCUUGAACUUGAGAAGGUCCUCGGUGACAUGCCUAAAAAAUCUUUUGAAUUUAAUCGGGUUGUGUAUGAGCGUGAGCCACUUGAUAUCGCCCCCGGGAUUACAGCAAUAGAUUCUCUAAAGAGGGUAUUGAGUUUACCGUCCGUCUGUUCAAAACGCUUCUUAACAUCAAAGGUGGAUAGGUGCGUUACCGGUUUAGUGGCACAGCAACAAACUGUCGGUCCUUUGCAGAUUCCCCUUGCUGAUGUAGCCGUUACUGCUCAGACUUUUACUGAUGUGACUGGAGGUGCAUGUGCCAUUGGAGAACAGCCAAUCAAAGGUCUGUUAGACCCAAAAGCGAUGGCUCGGUUGGCCGUUGGAGAAGCACUCACAAAUCUUGUAUGGGCAAAGGUGACUUCCCUUUCCGAUGUUAAGGCAAGUGGCAAUUGGAUGUAUGCUGCCAAGUUGGAUGGAGAAGGUGCUGCCAUGUAUGAUGCCGCCUUAUCUUUGUCUGAAGCAAUGAUUGAACUUGGUAUUGCUAUUGAUGGAGGAAAAGACAGCCUUUCUAUGGCAGCCCAUUCUGGAAGUGAAGUUGUCAAGGCUCCCGGAAAUCUUGUUAUCAGUGUUUAUGCUACUUGUCCUGACAUUACAAAAACUGUGACUCCAGAUUUAAAACUUGAAGAUGAUGGUAUUUUACUUCAUAUUGAUUUGUCAAAGGGAAAGCGGCGAUUAGGUGGUUCUGCUCUUGCUCAGGCAUUUGAUCAAAUUGGAGAUGAGAGUCCUGAUCUUGAUGAUAUUCCUUACCUUAAAAAGGCGUUUGAAGGUGUUCAAGAGCUUCUUGCCGAGGAACUUAUCUCGGCAGGUCAUGAUAUCAGCGAUGGCGGGCUACUGGUAUGCGCCUUAGAGAUGGCAUUUGCAGGUAAUCGUGGACUUAUUUUGGACUUGAAUUCACAAGGUAACAGCCUUUUCCAAACACUCUAUGCAGAAGAGCUUGGAUUAGUUUUUGAGGUAAGCAAAAAAAAUUUAUCUAUUGUUACGGAUCAAUUGAACCGUGUGGGAGUUUCAGCUGAGAUCAUCGGUCAUGUUACUUCCACUCCAUCGAUCAAAGUUAAGGUUGAUGGGGUGACUUGUUUGGAAGAAAAAACUAGUAUUCUUAGAGACAUGUGGGAAGAUACUAGUUUUCAGCUGGAAAAAUUCCAAAGACUGGCUUCUUGUGUUGAUACAGAGAGAGAAGGACUUAAACAUCGAUACGAGCCCUCGUGGGAACUGACCUACACUCCUUCCUUCACCGAUGAUAAGUACAUGUCUGCUGCUUUAAAACCUAAAGUUGCUGUGAUUAGAGAAGAAGGCAGCAACGGAGACAGAGAAAUGGCUGCAGCGUUUCACGCUGCCGGUUUUGAACCAUGGGAUGUUACUAUGACAGACCUUCUCAAUGGAGUGAUCUCUUUGCAAGAGUUUCGCGGAAUUGUGUUUGUUGGUGGAUUUAGCUAUGCCGACGUGCUCGACUCCGCGAAAGGCUGGUCCGCUUCCAUAAGAUUCAACGAGCCUGUUUUGAAACAGUUUCAAGAAUUUUACAAGCGUCCAGACACUUUCAGUCUCGGCGUAUGCAACGGUUGUCAGCUAAUGGCUUUGUUGGGAUGGGUACCAGGACCUCAAGUUGGAGGCGUGCAUGGUGCUGGAGGCGACCUAUCACAGCCUAGGUUUAUUCACAACAAGUCCGGACGAUUUGAAUGCCGUUUUACAAACGUGACAAUCAAGGACUCGCCAGCUAUAAUGUUCAAAGGUAUGGCUGGUAGUACAAUGGGUAUAUGGACUGCUCAUGGUGAGGGAAGAGCUUAUUUCCCAGACGAAGGUGUGUUAGAUCGCGUCGUUCAUUCAGAUUUAGCUCCUGUGAGAUACUGCGACGAUACUGGAAAUCCGACUGAGACAUAUCCUUUCAACGUGAAUGGUUCUCCUUUAGGAGUAGCGGCUAUUUGCUCCCCCGACGGAAGACAUCUUGCGAUGAUGCCUCAUCCGGAGCGUUGCUUUUUAAUGUGGCAGUUUCCUUGGUAUCCUAAGCUGUGGAAUGUGGAUAAGAAGGGACCUAGUCCUUGGUUGAAGAUGUUCCAGAAUGCUAGAGAUUGGUGUUCCUGAAGUAUGAUCAAUUUUCUUUUGUUUUUUUUCACCUUAAGCUCUUCUUUCAUUGCUUAAGUUGAUGACUGAUCCAUUUUUUCCCUUCAAUAGUUAAUGAUCAGGUUACUCAACAAUGAUAAGAGCAAGAAUUGAGUUCACAAGUUUUUUCAGGUCUUCUAUUUUCUGCUUUUGAUAAAACUUCCAUUUUGCUAAAUGUGGAACUUUUUUGUAAGGUAUUUUUAUUUUAUAAUUUUGUCUCGGCCAAUUUAGUUCACACUUAUUGUGAUUUCUGGUGUCAAGUGUUGCUCAAUUUUAUUUUUUGAAGUGGAAUAAUAUAUUUAUCUGAUAUAGCCUGACUUAUACAUUUUUAUUCUAUUGUCA